GCACGCGGAUCGGUCUAAUCGUUUUUGCUUUUGCGAAUAAGGGUUUUUCUCGUUCGAAUCAGAUACAAAAAAGAAGAGAUGGUUUGGAAUUACCCAGAAAUUUCCAAGGAAGAUUUCAUGAAGCUUUUGAAAGGGUUUGUGGAUUUGCUCAUCCUUGCAUCUGGGUUUCAAUCUUCUGGUGUCCCCGCUCAUUGGGAUGCUGAAAAUUGCAGGAAAGCUCUUCAAUGGGGUCUCUUCUUCGAAAAUGUUAUAAGAAGCUUAACUGGUUCUGAUACAUUUGGGGAAUCUGUGAGAGAGCUUGACGAAGCUAUAUCCGAGAUGAAAUCUAACCCCUUGUUCCCAAAGGGUCUAGAGAAUCUAUCAUUAAAUACUCUCUCAAAGGGAAGAGAAUUUGUCUUAGAGCAUUUGGUUAAUAACUCAACGUUAAAGGAUAAACAACUCCAAGCUGUUCUGGUUGCAGCAGUGGAAUCAGGUGAAGGUGUUUCAGACAUAAUUGAUUGGAAACUCUGCGAGCGGCUAUCUGUUGUGUCGUGUGUAUCAGCACUUGAGACUGGCUUGAACAUCCUUUCUAAAAACAUUGAGCCGAAAGAGUCGCUUCAGAGAGAAGACAAGGAUACAACUUUGUUGGGCCGGAGACAACAGCCUAUUGAACUUCGGACAUGGAAUAUCUGGCAAUCGAAAGGUCUAUCUUAUUUUCUCAGUAAGAGAACCUUAAGAUUGGUUUCGGGUGCCAGCUUAAUAUUUUCUGCACCAAAGGCUCAGUGGACAGAAGUGUUAAGAAGGCUGCGGAUAUCAACUGAGAAGGGUGGUGAUAUAUUCAUCGAAAAGAUUGAGCUAUUGUUACUAGGAUGUGUAACAAGCAGAUGGACUCAUUUAAUCGAAGGUAUCACGUCAGUUUCUUACAAAUCUAUCACUUUGUCAGAACAAUACGAGGAGUUAUGUAAGCUGCUUCUUCAAAGAUCUAAAAGCUUAAGACAGAACGAAAUUGCUUUUAAUACAAGGGUUGAAGAGAUUCUUGAAUAUCUAACAGAAAUACUGGAGGCUCGGUCUCAUCACCUCUGGAAAUUGCCUUCUGCCCUUACUGCAGCUGCAAUUCCAUCAUGGUCGCCGCUGUUUGGUCUGUAUAUUGGCGAGAUAGAGAAACGUUUGAAAGUAGACCUCUCAACAACAAGAUGUUGUAGCUGCGAUAAAGGUCUAAACGAGCACAAGGACUGUGAGCUCGCAGAAAAAGUUUGGUGCUUGUACGUAUUCCAUAUUUUCGGCAGAUGAUGCCACCAAACAAUUUAAUGGUCAGAUCAUACAAGAAGAAGAUCAUCAGUAUCUUCGAGGUAAACAAGAAAGCACGUAGCGCGUGGGGUCUGGUUUUAACUUUUAGGCACAUAAUCUUUUGUCUUUUUGGUAUAUUCUUUUGUAUCAAACUAUCCCAAAAAAAAAAAUCGUCAUAGACGGUCUAUACAAACGG